AUGAAGAAAAGAGAGGGUCAUGAUGUUGAACUGAAAACUACUUCUAAUCUACAAAAAGAGAAAAAGAAAAGUAGUGAAGGAACCAUAACACACUACAAUAGGUCUCAAAGGAUACUAUUGGUCGGAGAGGGUGAUUUUUCAUUCUCAGCUUGCUUAGCGAAUGCCUUCGGCUCUGCUACUAACAUGGUUGCUACCUCUUUGGAUACUGAAGAAACGCUACUGGAGAAAUAUUCAGGCGCUAGGCAAAACAUAAGGCAGCUCCAGAAGUUGGGAUGCCUUGUUUUACAUGAAGUUGGUGUUCAUGACAUGUUAUAUGACUCAGAUUUAAUGAACAUGAAGUUCGAUCGCAUUGUCUUCAAUUUCCCACAUGCUGGUCAUUUUCCUCCGUUAUAUGAAACUGAUGGCUUUCUCAUCGAGAUGCAUAAGAAGCUCUUAUCGGGAUUUUUCAAGAGUGCGAGUAAGAUGUUGAAUAAAGCUGGUGAAAUUCAUGUCUCACAUAGGAAUGAUUUCCCAUACAACAAAUGGGAGAUCAAGAAACUUGCCAACAAUGCUGGUCUUCAAUUGAUAAGAAAAGUAAAAUUUCAAAAAUCCGACUAUCCGGGUUACAGCAACAAGAGAGGUGGAGAUGUUGAGCCUGACAAAGAGUUCUUUCUAGGAGUAUCUCCUCUUACUUUCAAAUUCUCUAUUAAGUAA